AAGCCCGAGAGCCACUCCCACACAUGACCCUCUGGUCUCACUCAUGGCACAGUCCUCAUUUCACCAACUGGCAUUGCCUGUGGGCAGAGUCAGGACCAUAGCAAGUGCUUGCUGCCCCUCAAAUUUCAGACAGAGAGUGAAUUCAUGACUCCACCUGAGAGACUGCGCUUGCAAGCUUCCCAGAAAACAGCCCUUGCAGGACAAAGAAACGCACAGUGCACCCUGGACCUGCUUCUUCUUCCUGCAACGCCUCAAGUGAAAACACAGCCCAGUAGAAGACAAGGCUCCCGCGUUCUUCAUUUCACCAACUUCAAUAUAGGAAGAGCUCAUAUAGCAACUGCCAGUGAUUCCGAAUGAAGCUGGAAUCGAUCCAUUGCCCUUUGUUCGCUCCCUUCCUCUCUAUGCAGGCCCUGGGAAGUACAGAGACGCGGUCUUAACCAAGUCCAUCGGGGUGUCCAGUUUCAAUCACAAACUGCUGGUACUGAUCCUCAACAAGCCAGGACUCAGGUGCAAGCCCACCUGCAACCAGCAAAUAGAAGCAACCAGGGCACUGCAAUUGUGACUACUCCAAGACACUCAAUCAUGAAUGAUGCAAAUGACAAUCGUGUUCUAACCUGCCGUUCAAGGGAGAAUAAAAUAAAAAUUAUCCCACAUGAGGAUUAUUCACCUGUUUAUAUAUAAUCAGAUGAGAAACGGUUGAACCGAAUUCAGUUUUUAUCACAGCUUGUGAAAAACUGCCUCUGUACCCCAUCUCACAUGCCAUUGGUUAAGCAGCAGACAGUGUGACCAGGGGCGUUGCCAGCUCAUUGCUCUAAUAGCCUGUGACGGAGAGAAGGAGGGAGAAAGAAACAUUUGCCAGCCAGGCCGGUGCCAGAAAUGGAUUCGAAACAUCGGUGUAUGAAGCUGAAUGAUGGUCACUUCAUGCCUGUCCUGGGAUUUGGCACCUAUGCACCUGCAGAGGUUCCUAAAAGUAAAGCUGCAGAGGCCACCAAAUGGGCAAUAGAAGCUGGGUUCCGCCACAUUGAUUCUGCACAUUGUUACAAUAAUGAAGAGCAUGUUGGACUGGCUAUCCGAAACAAGAUUGCAGAUGGCAGUGUGAAGAGAGAUGACAUAUUCUACACUUCAAAGCUUUGGUGCACUUCCCAUCGGCCAGAGUUGGUCCGACCCGCCUUGGAAAGGUCCCUGAGAAAACUUCAGCUGGACUAUGUUGACCUCUAUCUUAUCCAUUUCCCAGUGUCUCUAAAGCCAUCGGAGGAGCUGAUCCCAAAAGAUGAAAAUGGAAAAAUACUACUUGACACAGUGGAUCUCUGUGCCACGUGGGAGGCCAUGGAGAAGUGUAAGGACGCAGGGUUGGCCAAGUCCAUCGGGGUGUCCAAUUUCAACCGCAGGCAGCUGGAGAUGAUCCUCAACAAGCCAGGGCUCAGGUACAAGCCCGUCUGCAACCAGGUGGAAUGUCAUCCUUACCUCAACCAGAGAAAACUGCUGGAUUUCUGCAAGUCAAAAGACAUUGUUCUGGUUGCCUAUAGUGCUCUGGGGUCCCACCGAGAAAAAGCAUGGGUGGAUCAGAACUGCCCGGUUCUCUUGGAGGACCCAGUUCUUUGUGCCUUAGCAAAGAAGCACAAGCGAUCCCCAGCCCUGAUUGCCCUGCGCUACCAGCUGCAGCGUGGGGCUGUGGUCCUGGCCAAGAGCUACAAUGAGCAGCGGAUCAGAGAGAACAUGCAGGUGUUUGAAUUCCAGUUGACUUCAGAGGACAUGAAAACCAUAGACGGCCUAAACAAAAAUGUUCGCUAUAUAACCCUUCAUGUUCUUGCUGACCACCCUAGUUAUCCAUUCUCUGAUGAAUAUUAACAUAGAGGGUGUCUUAUGAGGUCUACCAGAAGGUCCUCCAUGUGGAUGGUGACACAGAGGACAUCUCUACGCUGGUGACUGGACACAUUGCCUCUGGUUCAAUCCCUCCCGCUUGGCAACUUCAGCAAGCUACAGCAAAGCCCAGUGAGCAGAAAAGAAACACAAUGAAUUUUAUUUUUCAUUUUGAAAAAGUUAAAUGCUGUCUCCUAAAGAUUCUUCACCUACUUGGAUCUCCAGAACUUGUAUGCUUUCUUUCCUUCCGACACAUUAGUGCCCCUAAAUUGUGAUUUUCCUAUAAGUUGAGGACUGGGGGUAGGAGGUGAUAACAACCAUUUAAGAUUCAUUUCUGGGGUGGGAGUGGGAAAUUCACUUUUUUCUGGGAAAGGGGCAAGGUGGUUAUCAGUCAGUGCCUCUCUAGCUCUUGUAGAAAGAAGCACACGCAGCAUAGAGUCUGGAGGGCGAGCAAUAUCGACAGGGUGAUUGGCAAUCUGUGGGCUUUCUCUAGCGGCGUGAGGGUUAGAGCUUCCGGAGACUUGGGAGGAGGCAUCCCUGUGGGAGGGGUGGUUAUGGAGGUGGGAGGGCACCCAUCGGGAAAAGUGAUUAUGAGUCAGGUAUGUGGAGGUUUCAUAGGAGAGAGUCGAGCACACCUCCGCUUGGAAAAAUACAUCAGCACUCUUUAAUUUGAUAAUUAUGUCUUGUUCAUAAAAGGAAAGUUUCCACAAUGUUUCAGCAAACCCCACAGAUGAGGGUCAGGCCUGGCCCUUCAAUGUGUGCCCAGUUCCGGCAUUAACCCUGUUGGUCUGCGGUGGGGCAGGACAUCAAAGACAUACUGAUCACAUUCCCCUGAAUAUCUCAUAUUAAAAAAUAUUCUUAGAUUCUAAAA